UCUCUCCCCGAGCCUGAGACGGGCAAAAAGGCGGAGGAGGAGCGGCGGAGCCUCAGUCACCACACAGGCGUGCAGGCAGCGGUCCCGGCUGGUGCACCGGCGGCAGGACCCGGCAGGAGAAUCGAACCACCCCACACCCCACGGCUGUUUUCUAUUGACCAGCACGUAGAGAGAGGAACAGUAAAGAAAGUGAAAGAGAAGACGAUAAUUGCAUUUUCUGGCUGCUCCGUGGGAACAUGCGAUAUGUAAACCCGUCAUUCACCUGUGAGGAUCAUCAGUAAACAAUUCCACGUCAGUGGGAACAAGAAGCAUGAUGGAAGCGGUUACACAAAGCACAGAUGUCCUUGUAAAACCCUGCGAUGUGACAUCCUGUGACGCCCUCAGCUGCCCCUCCCCUCAGCCAUGCGUGUCUCUCUGCAACCAGAGGGGGGGCGAAGAGUGUCACACUGACAUUAAGAAGCUGGAACUGCAGAAACACUGUAACCAGGUCCAACCAAAGAAAAGAGUAAAGGCCAAAGGAAAGUUGGUGCGUAGCAUGGCUGUCUGCGAGGAAAGCUUCCCACCGGAGGAAACCAAGGUAUCUCCAGACACAAACAUCAUCUCAUCAGGCUGCCAUGACAACAAAAGAACUUCCUGUAAGGAGGAAGAGCAGGAGAUGAGAACAGAUCCAAAGAAAGAUUCUCUGUCCAAAGAGUCCGGCGUGGAGUACACCGACUCCACUGGCAUAGAUCUGCACCAGUUCAUCGUGGACACGCUCAACAGCAACCCCAGAGACCGCAUGAUGCUGCUGAAACUGGAGCAGGACAUGAUCAUCUUCAUCACCAGUGAUAGUCCCUUUAAGAAGUUCCCUCACAUGUCGUCCUAUCACCGCAUGCUGGUCCACCGGGUGGCGGCCUACUUUGGGAUGGAGCACAAUGUAGACCAGACAGGCAAGUCUGUCAUCAUCAACAGGACCAGCAGCACGCGGAUACCAGAGCAGCGUUUCCUGGACAUGGUGAGCAAGGACAAGACUGAAGAGAUCCACCAAUGGAAAAUAAUUCUGAAGAGGGACAACAGUUUGGAUGACCAGAACCGCCUUCACCUUUUACGGGAAAAGCACAGCAAGUCGAUGGAGGAGAGAGAAGAGGAGUACCAAAGAGCACGAGAGCGAAUCUUUAACAAAGAGCCACUCUGCACUCAGGAGAGCACCUUUACAGAAACCAGGGAUGUGGAGGAGUACAAUCCAUAUGCAGAGACCCAGAGGAAAAGGCAGCUCUUCAGGAAAAGCCGGGACAGCUCCGGCUCCAGCUGGACGGGCAGCAGCAGACAGAGCAGCACCGACACCGACUGUUGCUAUGGCAGCGACCCUCGACCCUGGAGCAGCACCGACUCUGAUUCCUCCUAUCAAUGGACAAGUUCCACACCCAAACCACGCCAACCCGCCAGCCACACCUGGGACACGAGAGGCGCCAUCACGUUUUACAGACUUCCAUCCACUUGUCCUCACCCGUCUCCUCCUCCUCCCAUCACGGAGGAGGCGGCUCCGAACCCUGCCUACAUCCUGGAGAACGGGAUCCCUCCAGGGAGCAUCUUACUGAACCCACUUACUGGCCAACCUUACUUCAACCCCGACGGGACCCCUGCUGUGUACAACCCUCCGGACAAUCAACAGCCAAUCAGGAGCCAGACUCAGCUGCAGGGCUCCCCCCCGCAGCUGCCUCAGCAGCAGGUGGUUCAGUACCCGUCUGUCUCUUACACAGCUCCGCAGAUGUUGCCCGUCGCCCCCCCACAGCCAUAUCCAACAAUUGACGAUCUCUCCUCGCAGUUUGCUCACGUGACGGUGAACCCGAUGGGAACGGCCCCCCCCGUAUACCCCCCCAGUCAAGGCUGCAUCGGUGCAGCUCUGCCCCCUCCAAACCCCUCCGCCUGCUGCCAGCCCUCGUCUCAAGUGCCUCUGUAUUACUACGGCCAGUAUCCUACCUCAGCGCAGCAUGGGUGCAGGCCGCUCUCUCCAAGCCAGCACAUCCACAGCCAAGCAGCACAUCAAACAGGUUACCCGCCUGCGGUGAGGGUGCCGCAGUCCUCCAACACCCCGGCCCAGUCUGUGCUGGGGACCUACACGCCGGUCGCCCCCCAUCAGUGUAGCAUGGUUCAGGGAGGCGUUUCGGUGUCCCUUCCCCAAAGUAAAGUUGUGGCCGGAGGGGCCGGGGACGCAGGGUACUGCUGUGUGAUGCCUCAACCCUCCAAUUACGGCAGCUGCCACCCCUCCAGCUGCACCAACCUCAGUGCACCCACCUGGAACGCGCAGUUCUGAUGGAGUGGUGACAUUUCAGUUUCUGUGAACCCACAUACACACCAGUUUUUAACAUAAAACACAUGAUUUCCACACGUCCUUACCCUCAUCACCCUCUUCUUGAUGAUGACCUCUGGGUAAUCUCUCAUUCUCACACACACAUACACACACUUGCAGUUAUAAUUGCUCCAUUGUACCAAAGCUUAGUAGUAUAUAUAUAAAUAUAUAUCAGAGCUGCUGUAAUGAAUGCAUAAUUUAUAUACACAUAUAGUUUUAUAUUAUUAAAUUAUAUAUAUUGUGUUUUAAAAGAAAUGCACUGUGUGAAGAGAAUAAAGUGCCGUGGCUUGACUAAUAAGGUCACAUU